CCUCUCAUUUCACAGCCAAGUAGAAAAACUUGAUUGUCAUUUGCAACUCUAGCAUUGUACUAGUGCUAGAAAUUUGCAAUUUCUUUGGCUAGAAUAAAACAAAAUAAGACAGAGAUGGCUGGUAUUUCUGGCCACUGGGCUUUUGCCUUUGGUCUCCUUGGUAACAUUGUCUCGUUCAUCGUGUUCCUUUCUCCAAUUCCCACGUUCUAUAAGAUUUACAAGAAGAAAUCAACAGAGGGUUAUCAAUCAAUUCCAUACGUGGUUGCUCUCUUUAGCUCCAUGCUUUGGAUAUAUUAUGCAUUAUUGAAGACCAACGUUACCCUACUCAUAACAAUAAACUCCUUUGGUAUGUUCAUUGAGACUAUCUACGUUGGUCUCUACCUUUUCUAUGCACCAAAGAAAGCCAAAGUUCAAACUGCAAAAAUGCUCAUGUUAUUUGUGGUGGCUGGCUUUGGUGCAAUAGUCCUGGUUUCUCAGUUUCUAUUGAAAGGUGCAGUUCGUGGACAAGUGGUUGGAUGGAUUUGCCUUAUUUUCUCCUUGUGUGUGUUUGUAGCUCCCUUAGGCAUUGUGAGACAAGUCAUCAAAACAAAGAGUGUGGAAUACAUGCCACUUCUCCUAUCAGUCUUCCUCACUUUAAGUGCUGUCAUGUGGUUCUUCUAUGGUCUUCUACUAAAAGACAUUAACAUUGCUGCUCCAAAUGUAUUGGGAUUCAUAUUUGGUAUACUCCAAAUUGUGCUGUAUGCAAUAUACAGCAAAAAAGAGAAGGUCGUCCUAAAGGAGCAGAAACUUCCAGAGAUACAAAAACCUGAAAUCAUUGUGAAGGAUGAGAACAUAAAUUCUAAUAAGCAGCUUCCAGAACUCACACAGGAACAAAUUAUUGACAUAGUGAGGCUUGCAGGUUUACUGGUUUGUACUGAUAAAGUAAGUGUAGCCACGUGUCCACAAGAUACUACUAAAGCAGUCAAUAAAGUGGAAAACAUGCCCAAGCUGCAAACUGCUGUGGCAACCUAGUACAUAUCAAGUCAGGCUUGGAAUUGGUGGCAUUGAAAUCUCAGUGUGUUGGUUAACUUUUCCUACGUAAUAUAUUGUGUGAUCUGCAUGUUUGUACACAUGUUACGUGCGUUAAGAGAUAUAAUUACGUAAUUAAAAGUGUGUUUUCUCUCUAACAGUUUAAACUGUUAGAUGAGGUCAUGAUUACACGCGCUCUAUAUAUGUGUGCUCAUAUUUAUGUAAGCUUUCUAUUGGCAUAUUAUCCUAGUAAGGAAUAAGUGGUUUUCUAGAUCCAUGUAUGAGGCUAGCAGUGAUAUGUAAUUUCUUAUACAGCAAUUAAAGUAAUUAACUUAUUAUCUGGAGUAA